GGCCCUAGAGGUUUUGGCGGUGACAAUCAAGGAGGGAAUAUGGGGUGACGAGACCGACAGGUGGGCUUGGAGGGAGAUGUAGGUUAAGGAUAAGAUACGGCGGUGACAUAGGAGGGGCCCCUGGGGUGAUAAAAGCAGACUUGGGGGUGAUUGCAGUGGAGGAGUGCUCCGAGGAGAGGAUGGCACGAGAGGAAGUGAAUAGUGGAGAAGGCGCCCUCGGGGACGGGGCGGCGUGGGUAGGGUGACCUGGGUUCGGGCCGCCGCUUUGAGAGGCGGAGUGGCUCUGGGUUUCCCGGGGAGGAGCCAGCCCUCGGCGGGCGGAGCUUCUGGCAGAGCCCGGCUCUGUCUGCGCGGGUCUGCGGUUCUUCCACCCUCCCACCUCCGCUGCAGCAGCCGGCCCGAGCAAUGGGGCGCUGCUCCCUCCAGCUGCUGCUGCUGCUCCUGCCCCUGCAGGCGUCUGGGGCCUCUAUCCCCCGAUCGCCGGCUCUGAGAGCUUUCGGCAGUCUACAUUUGUCAUCCAGCCCCACUUCCCGCCCCGCCGUGGCCUUGAACUACUCGAUUCGCUACUUCCCACAGAAGAUUGAUCAUUUUGGAUUUUAUACUGAUAAAACUUUUAAACAGCGGUACCUAAUUGCUGAUAAAUACUGGAAGAAAGAUAAUGGAUCAAUACUUUUCUACACUGGAAAUGAAGGGGACAUUGUCUGGUUUUGCAAUAAUACGGGGUUCAUGUGGGAUGUGGCCGAGGAACUGAAAGCUAUGUUGGUGUUUGCUGAACAUCGAUACUAUGGAGAGUCCCUACCCUUUGGUGACAGCUCAUUCAAGACUGUACACUUGAAUUUUCUGACAUCAGAGCAAGCUCUGGCUGAUUUUGCAGAGUUAAUCAGACAUUUGAAACAAACUAUCCCAGGGGCUGAAAAUCAACCUGUCAUUGCAGUAGGGGGCUCUUAUGGUGGCAUGCUCGCAGCCUGGCUCAGGAUGAAAUAUCCUCAUAUAGUAGUUGGAGCUCUUGCAGCCUCUGCCCCAAUCUGGCAGUUUGACGGUUUGGUACCUUGUGGUAUAUUUAUGGAGAUUGUAACUACAGAUUUUAAGGAAAGUGGCCCAAAUUGUGAAAAGAGCAUCCACAGGUCCUGGGAUGCCAUUAAUCAACUUGCAACUACAGGAAGUGGUUUGCAGUGGCUUUCUAAGGCCCUUCACUUAUGUAGCCCAUUAACAAAUUCUCAGGACAUCCAGAGUUUGAAAGACUGGAUCUCGGAAACCUGGGUAAACCUGGCAAUGGUGGACUACCCUUAUGAGUCUAAUUUUUUACAGCCUUUGCCUGCUUGGCCUAUGAAGGUAGUGUGCCAGCAUUUGCGAAAUCCCAAUGUAUCUGAUCAAAACCUGGUAGAAAAUAUUUUCCAAGCUCUGAAUAUAUAUUACAAUUAUUCGGGCCAGGCAAAAUGCCUGAAUAUAUCAGAGACAGCAACUAGCAGUCUGGGAUCCCUGGGUUGGAGCUAUCAGUCCUGCACAGAAAUGAUCAUGCCCUUUUGUACUAAUGGUGUUGAUGACAUGUUUGAACCUCACUCAUGGAACUUGGAGGAAUUGUCUCGUGAGUGCUUUAAACAGUGGGGUGUGAGACCAAGACCCUCCUGGAUCACUACUCUAUAUGGAGGCAGAAACAUCAGUUCACACAAGAAUAUCAUCUUCAGCAAUGGUGAACUAGAUCCCUGGUCAGGAGGUGGAGUAACCAAGGACAUCACGGACACUUUGAUUGCCAUCAACAUUCCACAGGGUGCUCAUCAUUUAGAUCUGCGCGCCAACAAUGCCUUAGAUCCCCAAUCUGUGCUGUUAGCUCGCUCCUUGGAAGUUAAACACAUGAAAGAGUGGAUCAGAGAUUUCCAUGCCAGACCAGAAAAAAAGCAGUACUGAGCAACUUGUGAUCAUUUUCAGUUUCUUCUUUUAUAUUCACAUUCCCAUUCACUUUGGUUUUCUAUAUGUAAAUAUUUUCCCUCUUUUAUCCUUAGCUAUGGUGGGGGAGGGGGAGUUGAGGUAGAAGACAGGUUGAGAUAGGUGAGAGCAGCCUUCCCAUGAGUUUAAUUUCCCAGGUCCUAGCCCUCUUUGCACCACCUCCAGGAAGAAUCUCCUCAUGACAGCUCUCACACACCAUCAGCAGCCCUAAUAACUGAAGCAGAGUCCCCGACUGCCUUUCAUAAGAAGGAGAGUCACUUCCUUUGUCUCAGCAAACAGGGAUUUCUCCUUGGUUUUGAAGUUGAAAUCUCUUUGGCCUGUUUGUCAAUCCCCAAAAAGGGAAAAGUAGAAAAUAGACAAAAAUGAUGUAAUUGCAGCUGGUAGGAAGCAUGUCUGGUGCCAAUCCAGGAAAUGGGAACCAUUUCUUUUGUACUUGAUUUAUUGACUUUGAACUGUGCUGUAAAUAAAGAAUAAAGCUGGAUCUUAUA